AUGUUUGGGCGCGUACAGCUAACUGGCUAGUUCGGGGAGCUAACAAAACGGAGUUCGUGACUAAAAAAUAUGUAAGUUAUGGAGUGACAGUUUGUUUACCAGGCACAGUAACAAGGGGGAAACAGGGUGCUGAACCACCAUGUUAGACGGUGGCCACUUUGUGGAGGCCCUGGGCCGUCUAGGUUAUCCUGGUGCAUCAUCACUGAAGGCCUCAGAGUUCGACUGGCUGUUUGACUGUGCCCCAGAGAACCUUCACUUCUUGCGCUUUGUCUGUCGGACCCUCAACCGGAACAAUGUCCUCACCAUGGAGGAGGCCCGUGCUUUUCAGGAACUGCGGAAGUCCGGCAAACCAAUUCUAGAUGAAGCAGCUUUGGGCGAGGUCCUAAAAACCAUUGGACCGUCAGACGGGAGCAGUGGAAAUGUCUUAGGCCCCUCUUCUUCAACUUCAUCCUCUCUGUUUGCAGCAGAGGGCGAUGUGGCCAUAGAGGACUUGGAGGCAGAGCUCCAGGCACUGCGUAAAGAGAAAGAGCUGAAGCAGCGACGCUAUAACAGGUUGCAGGUUGUGGCCACCUCCCGUGCAGAUGUCGACAUACGACUGACUGCAGAGUUGGAGAGCGCUGCAUGUAAGCUAAAGGAGGCCAGUACUUCCAUUGGAGCUGAGAAUGCCAAUACCAACACUGUGUUACAAAACCUAGCAGAUGAGGUUAGCAAACUUGCAUCCUAUCUCCCUGCUCAGCCAGAAACCAAGCAAAAAGCAAAAGAAGAACCCUCUUUCUCCAAAAGGCCCACUGUCCUUCUCUCUCAGCUGUCUUUGGAUCCCUAUCUGCACCAGGAGGAGCUCAACACCAAAACACUCGCUGCCUUCACCCAGAAGCAUUUCUUCCAGGGUAUCUCUGACAUUGUUGAGAGUUCUUGCUCUGAGCGCCUCCAGGUCCUUGACCUCAGUUCUUGUGAAGAUGGAGAUGAGGAGGAGAUGGAGCCUGAGGGAAGAGAGAAGGAGGAGCGGGUGGUGGUGCGUAGGAGGACAGAGAUGGCCAGACUUCAGUGGGCUCAUAUUGUGACCCAACGCCAACUGAUGCAGGCCAUGGCGGAGGAGAGGAGUGUCAAGGCUGGGCUGGACUGGCUCUCAGAGAAGUCUUCACAUACCAAGAGCAUUUCCACCUCCUCCUCACUGCAUGUGCGUGAAGUCGUGUCCAGGAAGGAGCUGCAGGCUGUGGAGGCUGAGCUGGAGGCUCUGCUACAUGGACCAGUACCUGCUGCCCUUAGGGAGUCAGCCAGGCUGCUAAAUGUGCCGGUAGUGAGGGGAGACCUGGCUCUGCAACUGGCCAGGCAGGACUACUACACCUCCAAGCAAGAUCAGGUUUGCAACUACCUACUCCGUCAGAAAGCGUCCUUCGACCUGGUCCAUCUGGCUCAGGAAAUGGAGUUGAGGAGGUGGAGGACAUGUAUGAAGCAGCUGGGAGAAGUAAACAGCAGAAUGGUAAAGGAAGGCGAAGCAGUGACCCUCAGGAUGGAGUCUCUGGCACACCCUGAUCUGGUAAUCAACCCCAGGCCCAACCCUAUCAUCAGCUGCAAAGAUGCAGCCUUCAGCAGACUGCUCCAGAUCCUCGACCAUGACUCAGACCAUGGCCGAUCAGAGCCUUUUCGCACAUACGAAGCAUUGGACCAGGCUGCGCGUGACCUGGCAGGCAACCUCCAGGUGACCCGCGAUGCUCUAGCCGGUGCUGGCCGUGAACAGUACUACACAGCUGCUCGUCUGUACAGCGACUGCGAGGCGCUUCACAGGGCCAUGUACACAGAGCUUCAGCAGCUGGUCUUAGGGCCGCAGGUACGUCCAGCGGCCAGCACUGACCAGGAGCUACUCUGCCCCAAUGCACAGGAGCUGGCAGCGAAGCUCGUGGAAGCAGAGUCUCAACUGCAGAGUUUGCAGCAUGUAAUGCAAGAAAUCAUGGGGGAGGUUAAAGCCAAGCGCUCUCAGCUGGAGCGCAAUGCCCUCCUCAGGCGGGAGAGAGAAUUAUAUGUCUAUUUUCACUUGGAUGCCCGGCUAUUGCAGAAAAUAGUGGAAGACCUGGAGGGCAAAAUGGCUGCAAAAAGAGGGCAACAAUAGUCGUACCUGCCAGAACGCAUGGGAGCUUUUACAGCCAGCUCAGACUUGAUGUGUAGUUUCUGUGCUGAGGGAAUCGACCUGUGUAAUUAAAGCUCGAAGAGAUGCUGAUCUGAGAAGUACACUGUGUGCCUUCAGUGGAGGAGGUUUACUGAUUAAGCCCUGCUCUGCUACAAAGUGUGAAACCUGCUCAAAAUGUUAACCUUCACUUGGUUUGUGUGGGAGACGGAGAUCAGUCCCUGGAGUCCUCAGUGACUCAUCCUUGGGAUGACACUCAACUUGGGAAAAACUUGGUUGUAUCUUGUAUCAUUUGACUGUAUUUCAAACAAAGAAUUUCACAAGAUCACAGAAGAAUUUUCGAAUUCAAUGUUCAGUGUUUUGUCUUUAUAUGUUCUAAAGUUUCUUGUUUCAUCUUUGUUUUAAGUCGUCUGAUAAAUAAAGUAGAAUGUUAUCUUUA